AUGAAGCCCAUACCUGUGCUACACAUGAUACUUGCCCUAUUAGUGUUCUUCGCACUGGCAGCAUCAGUAUCAGCCGAUGAAGACAAGGAGAAGAAGAAGGAUCCAUUCAGAUUCGCUCUGAUCCCCGCGUACCUCAGCGUUGCAAUACCGUCAUUGAUUUUCGUCUCCUGGGCUUUAUGGCGAAGCAUUCACAACUGGGGUUCGUGGAAGAUCCAUACUCCAUCACCUCGGCCACAAUGUCUGAGAACAACGCUUGGAUGGGUCGAUCGAGAAACAUUGGAGCUAAGGCAAGCAAAGCGAGCUAAGCGCAAGAAGGCCAAACGCGAUCAGCAGAAAGUCUAUCGUACUACCAAGGCCAACUACAAGUGGAUAUUCCAUGACCCUACCCGUGAACUCCAGCAGCGAUUCGAUGACCAGAAAGAGCGAUCCCACCUUCGCUUGCUACCAUCCUGGAUGCGAAGCUACCCACACGGAACUCUGCAGUCGGGCAUGUUGGCGAAUAUAUCAGCGUCUCUUCAACAUUGCCAACUCGAUGGCAACCCCAUGUCUGGUGCACUUCACGAUCCCUACCGGCUGCCUGACCUCCCCAUCAUGGACUGGCCUGAUGCACUCGUGCCCGGCGCUCCUGAGAAAUCUUGCCUUCUGCCUAAGGUUCCAAUGAUGUGCCAGCCAAAUGUAAUUCAGAUCUGGCAUAUUCGUGAAGCACCGCUGCCUGAGCGCAUGGGUCUUCCACCUCUCGAAUCUGAACAAGAGCUCAAUGGCGAGGUGGAUGCCCAAGCGACAGUAAUCAGACGUGACACGGAGCACAGGCUUAGAGAGGGACGUCCCCGAGAGAGAAUGAAUGAGUUUGCAUCGGAGCCCAGCAUUGAAGUGGGAGGUGCUCUUCUUCCAAUCUUCACCCCCCCGGUCGUGCGACCUCCUCCCGUGUUUAGCAGACAGCCCGUACGAGACACUCCUGGUCCAGAAGCCAGGAGCUUCGCAGUCAGACGUUCGCGCUACAUCGAGAGACACAUCCAAGAAAUUCGUAAUGACCCUAGACUGAUGCUGGUCCGCGGCUCACUGGACGAAUUGAUGCGAGAACUUCGUCGAGCCACUGGUGCCGACCACAGACAUGCCCCCAUUGCCAGUCGAGCGCCCGUGCGGGAUCCUACUGUGCCAGAGAGCGUACGUCAGGCACGCAGACAUCAACAAUACAUCGAGGAGCUUGAGAGCAGCAUCGACGACCUUCGUAGUGAAUCCACAAUAACUCCGGUCCGUGGCAGACUGGACAGCUUGAUGCACGAGCUCCGUGCAGCAAGAGCUACAAGGGACAGACUAGCUCCCAUUCCCAGUCUGCGCCCGGCUGUCCCUAGCUCUCAAGGUCAGCUUCAGAGCACUCAAGUUAACCAGCUACCGACUCCCAUUCAGAGCACAGCCGCGGGAUUCCAGCCCAGACCAAGAGUUAGCUUCGGCGCGACGAUACCUGGUACGGUAGAAGUCAUGAAUCUCGUAGACAGACUUCACCAUCUCACCAUCGAGAACCUUCAGAACUGGCUCCGAGACUUACAGAACCAUAUGAACUUUCUAAAUAUUCGAGAAUUCGUUAGGACCGUGGAUGCGUUCAACAGCACAUUUCAAGGACUCACUUCAAUACGGGCCAAUCUGGCCCUUAUUGCCAGCUUGGGCCCGGCUCAUCCCGUCAGCCAAAGGCUGCUUCGUAACAUCCAGAACAUCCAGAACAUCCAGAACAUCCAGAACAUCCAGAACAUCCAGAACAUCCAGAACAUCCAGAACAUCCAGAAUAUCAAUACAUCUAACCCAACCCUGGUCACACCAGUAACACACGGAGAAGUCAAUCGUGCAGUAAUCGAGGGUCCAGCAACGGGUGACUAUAUCACUUCAACUCCCACGUCUGAAGAAGAAGUUCAUGGAAGAGGCGGUCGUGCAGUCACCGAAGGACCCACAACAGAUGAUACUUCCGGUCCAAUUCCCAAUUCGGAAGAAGAUGAAGAAGAUCUUCGACCCGACACCCAACACUCCACUGCGGCAGUACUUCUACGCUCCGUACCAGACCACGAUGCCACUCUGGAUCAGGCCGACCCCACCGCCCAACCCCACCUUGAGUAUGAAGAAACUAUUCGUGCGGAAGCCACCCACCAAACAGCAGCCUUUCAUACUGAGAUGGGCCGUUCAGGUCUCGCCCCUGAUGAUCACGUUCAGGACGUAGAGGCAGAAAACGAUGCAACUCCAAUCAACACAGCUCACAGUCCAUCUUCAUCGAUUGCCGCUCUAUCCAAUUCGACGGCUACGGCCACUCAAGCAUCCGACAUCGCAAGGCUAGCCUUGCCAAACGUGGUGGAUGCUCUCAAUGAAGAGCUUUACACGGAUGCAUACCCAUGA